AUGCAGCGCUCGGUCGGCGCCGGGCGGAUCGCGGUCAAGGCAGGCCCGGACGGCCGGACCCGGCUGGACGCGCUCCACCAGAAGGCCAACGCGAAGAUCCGCAUCCCGAAAGCCUAUGGGACCGCGCUCGAAGCGGUGCUGAUCAACACCGCCGGCGGUUUGACCGGCGGCGACCGGCUCGACUGGUCGGCGGCGGCGGGCGCGGGCACGCAUCUGGCGAUCGCCACCCAGGCCUGCGAGCGCAUCUACAAGAGCGCCGGCGGCACAGCGCAGCAGACGACCCGGCUCGAUGUCGGCGCCGGCGCCCGACUGGACUGGCUGCCGCAGGAAACGAUCCUUUUCGACGACAGCGGGCUCGACCGGUCGAUCGAGAUCGACAUGGCCCCGGACGCCGCUUUCGUGGGGCUUGAAACGCUGGUGCUGGGCCGCGCGGCGAUGGGAGAGACGGUGCGCCGCACGCAUCUGCGCGACCGCUGGCGGAUCCGCCGCGCCGGACAAUUGAUCCAUGCCGACAAUGUGCGCCUUGAUGGCGAUGUCACGGCGCUCGCAGACGGCCCGGCAACGCUUGCGGGCUGCACGGCAAUUGCCACGCUGGUCCAUGUCGCGCCCGGCGACGACGAACAGCGGGCGGCCCUGUCCGAACGGCUGCGGGCCGCGCUCGCGCCGAUGACCGCCGGCGCACUACAGGUUGGCGUCAGCGCCUUUGCCGGCAAAUGCAUCGUCCGGCUGAUGGCGUCCGAUGCCUACCGGGUGCGGCCUCUGGCGAUCGCAGCGCUAUCGAUCCUGCGCGACGGCGCGCCGCUCCCCGCCGUCUGGCGCUCAUAG